AUGGCACAAUGCCAGCCGCUGGCCUUAGCGCUGAAGGUUAACCUCAUGGCGUCCAUCCGGCUCCUGAGUUGCAUUGCUGGUCAGGGCGGUCCCCUCCUCUUUGGAGCUCCCGCACUCGCAAGAUUUGUGCGCCGUGUCGAUCGAGCCGGGGAAACCAACGACGAGGCCGGUGGGCAGAAGAGCUCUGGUCCCUCUGGCUCGGCCUCCCACGGCGGUACAUGCAUCCCUUCUACUUGUCUCAUCACAAGUACCGUCGCAGCCAGCAAGCGAGUACGGGCAGACGAGUUCGGCAAUGUGGAAACCUAA